UAAGGAGACUUGCAACCCUGCAGAAGAAGACUUGGAAAAAGAAAGAAGUUUUGAGAGAGAGAGAGAGAGAGAUGUUGAGGAACGUGUUAUAUUAUUUUUUAUUAAUAAUUGUUAUAAUUUCAUCCACGGCCGUGAUUGUAUCAUCAUCAAGAGAACAGCUAAGCUCAAAGCAAUGUGAGGAUCUGGGCUUCACGGGUUUAGCCCUUUGUUCUGAUUGCAACACUUUCUCUGAGUAUGUCAAGGACAAAGAGUUGAUAUCUGACUGCUUGAAGUGUUGUACAGAAGACUCGGAUGAUUCCAUUAGUAAGAUUACCUAUUCAGGUGCAAUACUGGAAGUGUGCAUGAGGAAACUGGUAUUCUAUCCCGAAAUUGUUGGUUUCAUUGAAGAAGAGAAGGAUAAGUUCCCAACUGUUAAACUUCAAUAUCUUUUCAAUUCUCCACCCAAGUUGAUCAUGUUGGAUGAUGAGGGCCAACAUAAGGAAACUAUAAGAAUCGACAAUUGGAAACGCGAACACGUGCUGCAGUUCCUGCAAGAGAAAGUCAAACGUAAUUCGGCAAGCUCAUAGACUGAUUUAUUCAUUCACACUCCAGUUCUUGCAAGAGAAAGUUAAUUUUAAUUCGGCAAGUUCAUUGAGUGAUUUAAUCUUGUUAGACUUUGUCAUUUUUACAUCAUGUGCUUAAUUAUGACUUAAUAAUUUCCUUUCUUUAGAAAGAGAACGGACAACAAAUGGAGUAUACAGUUAAUUAGAUACUACUAUGAAGUGAAGUGACAUGAAUUAAAGCUGGCCCCCUUUUAAAGUAAGGGCUUAUUCAUUGUGCCUCUCAAUGGGAUUUAAAUUAUAUGGGAUUAGCUGUGCUUUA